AUGAAGAAUAAUUCAAAAAUGGUCAAUAAUAUUUCUGUAGAAAAUAAAGAAUCUUUAAAAAAUAAUUUGUAUAUUCCAAAUAUUCCAAAAAAUAACAACAAAAAUGAAAUACUUCAAAGGCAAAAAAUGUGGAAAGCUCAACCAAUUCAAAUUAAAACUACUCUAAGUCCAGAAUUACAACAAAUAGUCCAAAAUGUGUCUCUAAUCUUUUUAACUUUCUCUCAAACAAUCAACCCUUUAAUUGCUCGUAUAGCACAUAAACAUGCAAAAGAAACCUCAGAACCUUUUAUUGGUUCAACAAUUGUUCUUAUUAUUGAAAUUUGUGUGCCAGCAAUUAUUUAUGUUGUACAAAACAACCUUUACUUUUUUGUUCUUAAAAGGGUUGAUGCAACUCUCUAUACUGUAGGGUUUUCUGAACUUUAA